CAGUUUUAAACAUGGUAGACAGUGCAGGUAAGUAAGAAGGAAGUUUAUGCUCAGAGGAAAUGGAUGUGAAAAUACCUAUAUUAAAAAGAGGAAAUGGAUGUGGGCGGUGAGAGUUAUGAAUUGUUCAGGGAGCACAAAAGCGGGGAAAAAGACUUCAAGGUGGAAAAAAAGAUGUUACAAGAGCAACGCUGUUAGGGCAGCCGCUUGAGGGGCUUUUGGGUAUCGUCAAACAGACAUCUUGGGAAGAAUAAGUUUGCAAAAGAAGAGUGGCAGAAGGGCAGCACACAGGAAAAAUACCUUGUCCUAUAGAGUACAUCGGGUGUUAGGGCCAGACCUUCUGGGGCUUCGAAGGCCAAGCCAAGGGUAACAAGCUGUCAUGUUAUCUCGGCAGCACUCUAGGACAAACUUCAGCCUGCUGGAAGAUCACUUGGAGGGCUUCUCACAGCCCAAGCACCCACCCCACAGUUACUGAUUCAGUUGAUCCCGAGUAGGGCUGAGAAUUUACAUCUUUGAUAAAUUCCCAAGCGAUGCUGGUGUUUGAGAACCACUCAUGGAGACUUAAUGUGGUGACUUUGUGCAGGACCGAUUAGAAAGGAAUGAACCAGAGGCAGACAUACCCUUCAGAAGAGUUAAUACACAUCUAGGUGAAAAGUGAGGGAUUAAGCCUGAAUCAAUGGAAAUAAGAGAGUCACCUCUAAUAGUCAAGAGUGAGUGAUUUAAAAUAAAAAUCCGAUCGCAUGUUGUUGUUUUUUGUUGUCCCACCAAUGUGCAACUGAAGCAGUUAAAUUCAUGGAAUAUUAAAGCAAUGGAAACCAAAAAGGAGCUUCCGUUAAAAUAAUAGAAAGUAUAAUUCUGAAUUAGUUUAAAGUAAUUAUUAAUUAGAGGAGUAACCUCCUUUCGAAUUAUGUGAAAGACGUCUUUUAUUUUUUCUGGUGUUGAAAUGGCCUAGAAAGAAUAAAACCAGAAAGGUUUGUAAAUGUGAGAAUAUUCCUUUCAAUAUUGGAAAUUAUAUAUGGAGAUGAAAACUUUUGAGCUCCUACUAUGGAAUUUGAUGGGACCAGAAAAGUUGAUCUAAUCAAUCCUUCUGCUGUCAGGAAGGAUUAUCUCAACAAUCUCUCAAGAUGUAUGGUUGUAUAUUUUAUUUAUGAAGAUAAUGAAAAUGAGACUUAGGUGAGGGCAGGGAUAGGGGCUCUGGAAGGUUCACAUAAUUUCUAAGGUUUAGAGUUUAGAUAAGAGCUACUUAUUCAAUGUGGUUAUUCUAACCUCUACUAGUUAUCUCUGCUAAUGAGAUAUCUGAUAGCUGAGACAAUAUUUUUCCUUUUCCUUUUCCUAGAGAUUUAUCCUGCAAUAAAAUACAAUCUAUUGAAAGACGUACAUUCGAAUCACUACCUUUUCUGCAGUUUAUAAAUCUUGGUUGCAAUCUAAUUACAGAACUGAGCUUUGGAACAUUUCAGGCCUGGCAUGGAAUGCAGUUCUUACACACAUUAAACCUCAGUCUUAAUCCUCUGACAACUGUUGAAGAUUCUUAUUUUCUCAAAUUGAGAGCAUUAAAAUAUUUAGACAUGGGAAAAACCCAAGUGACACUUAAAACACUUGAGAGCAUCGUCAUGAUGAGCCCCAAGUUAGAAAAACUGAUUUUACCUAGCCGUAUGGCCUGCUGCCUCUGCCAAUUUAAAAGUAAUAUUGAGGUUUUCUACAAUACAGUCAAGCUGCAUUGUGACAGUGAAUGUCUGACAAACAUCGCAUAUUGUGAUGAUGAAACAUCUAUAGGGAACCCAGAAGGGUCGUUCAUGAAGGCAUUACAAUCCCGGAGGAAGAGUAACAGCCCUGAGCUGACUAUCGAGCCAGAGAAGGCGGCCGCAGACAAAGAUGCCAUCAGUUGGUCAGCCUUCAAAAAUGAGCAAGAAGACUUUAGCAAGGAAAGUGUUGUUAGUGCACUAAGCUACAUAUUACCUUAUUUCUCUGAUGAAUAUCUGGAAGGUGCAGAAUCAGCACUAUUACAAUUCAUUAAUCAACUUCUUUCAAACCUACAAGGAGUAGAUGAGCCUGUGGGGCAUUUGCAAAACAACGUAGAGAACACUUCUCUUCCACCUGAAUCCAGCAUUUCAGCUUACAAAAAUAAACAGGGAAUAAUCUCUGUUCUGGAAGAUAUCAUAGAUGCCAUGCCUCUACGUUCCAAACUUCUGAAUCCCAGAUUUCACCCCCAAAUCUCCACCAAAACGUUGGAAACUGCCCAAUUACAAGAAAACAGCCCACCAGACAUUCAGAGAAUAGGGAGGAGGCUGGGGCCUUUGAAGGUGGUCAUCAAGGGCCCAAAGGGCAUUCGGGAGAGGCGACGCAGACAAAUGAGGAAGGCUGGCAUCAACGGGAAGCAGAGGGCCCAGCUCCUUGCGGAGAGCACGGCCGAGGAAAAAGGCAUCACGACCCCAUCCCCAAGGGCGCCGGAGCAGCCUCACGUGGAGCAGCCCCCCAGGGAAACCGCAGGAAGCUCCUUCAACCCAGAGUCUUCAUUCCGAGGGGAACAGGAGGCAGCCGUCCCUUCUGUCCAGUACUUGAUGGGCAGGCCUCCUGCUUCCAAUACUCCAAAAUCUCUACCUGAGAUUAAAUCAAAAUCGAAAGACCUAGCUGACAGUAUUUUUGUUUUAGAAGCUGCAAGUGCUGGAAUGAGAAAUAUGAAGGCUUCUGAACCAACCUCACACUUAAGAGAAAAUUACCUCUUUCCUGAAUCUUUGCGGCAUGCGGGUCACAAAAUACUCAAGGACAAAAUGAGUAGACAGUUCAGCAAUAAAGGUUCACACAAUAGCCCGAUGGUUGUGAACAAGCCUCCACUCACUGCAGUGAGCCUUAUAAACUCCCCUUCACAAGAGGCUUUUUCAUCAUCAGAACUGACUUUUCAGAAAAAUAAUUUUCCAGAUUUGUUUUCUCUUUUGGAUCCAACUCUCAAACUGACCACGGAAACACAACAGGAACAUGACAGUGUGGGCACUGGCUUACCCUCCACAUCCACAGCCUUCCCUUUCCCAGGGAGCUCAACUGCAGGUGACCACCCCGAAGCUCAGCUAAACGAGCAGCUGCGGUCCCUCAUCACCGACAGUGAUGUGAGAAGGCUCAUUUCUCGUGUUUGCUGGACUUUGAAAACGGGCUGCUCGGAGACCCACCUGAAACCAGCCUGUGCCAAGCUCAUCUUCCAAACUGGCCUCCUGAUGAAGCUUCUCAGCGAGCAUCAAGAAGCAAAGGAGCCCAGGGCAGACUGGGAUACAGACCAGUGGGAAACAGAAAACUACAUCCACGGGAGUCCAGAAGCCCAGAGUGAACAGGAAGAGCAGGAGUUCCGUGAGUUCCCAAAAGUUCUGGUGCAUGGGUAUCAAAUCAAAGUCAUCUUGGCAUUGUCAGUGACAGGAGCAGUGCUGGUGUUGAUUACAGCUUUCUGUCUCAUUAAGAUGUGCUCCCGUAGAAGAGCAGCGCUGGAUGAAGAAGAACGCUCAGGGGGCUUCUUUCCACUUCCUGAUAAACCCUCAGAAGAGCGUAAGAAUCAGAAGGGCUUUUCCUGGAGAAGGCGGCUUUGGCUCCGGAAUAUGUACAGAACUGUCAGUCCCCCACGUGAGAAAAACCUGGCACAGAAUGUACUUGAGAAGGAUGGAGGGGAGCUCAGUGAAGUCAUAAUAGAGAAGAAUGUGACGUCAGGGUCGGGUGAGGAAGGAAAGGGAGCGAAGCGCAAGAAACCAGCACAGAGGGAGCCCCAGCCUGCCCCGGGCCACCUACAAUAAAAUGUGUAAUUCUCUCUCCUUGAAAUGUGUAAGCUCAUAACCAAUCCUGGCCGUCUGGUAAGGAAUUAAAGUAUAAAUUGUUAAAUACUUACGUGCAAAUAACAAGUGCCAUAGGCAUGAAAAGCAGGGCUGAGGCCAGAAUCCCUCGCGGCAGCCACUCCUUCCGCAGAGGUAAUGCGGACAAAGAAGGAUAAAUGAGGUGUCCCUCCCUCGUUUCCCCAAUAUCAUCAGUCCCUGGAAACUGGGAAACAUAUCAUCCUCGAGGAGUGUAGAUUAUUAAGUCAAGGAAGUUUCUUCUGGGGCUCUCUCUCUCUCCCCUGGUUCGUCAAGUACCAGUUCUUUACAACCUCCUGACCUCCGGCCCACAGAGGAUCGCCCACUGCUGGCCCCUCUCACAGGGUCUUUUGGAGGCCAACAUGUAGCCUCUACAUCACAUAUUGCAUGAUUCCAUUUAUACUAAAUGUCCGGAAUAAGAAAAUCCAUAGCUAAUGGAUAAGGGACUUCCUUACAGGGUGAUGAAAGUGUGCUUGAAUCAUGUAGUAGUGAUGUUGCACAACCUUGUAAAUAUACUAAAAACCACUGAAAUGUAUACUUUAAAAUGGUGACUUUUAUGGCAUUUGAAGCAUAUCUCAAUAAACAAAGAUGACCUAUCAGAGAAAA